AUGGAGGAGGGCACAGUGUCUCCCGCGAGAGACGACAGCAGGGCGCCAGCAGCAGCAGAAGCGGCAUCUCUUGUGGUGGUGUUCGGCGGCACCACCUGUGCUGCUACGACGACGACGAGGCUGGUCGUGCGGGCCGCUGCGGAGGCGGAGGGGCACGUGGCCUGGCGGCCCGCCACCCCGCCCCUCUUCCACGCCCCCUACUUCCCGACGCCAGCACCAGCGCAGAAGAAGCGCAAAAGAAGACGGAAGGGCAGCCCCGCCGCCCCUGGGCACCAGCAGCAGGAGCGCGGGCAUGAUGAUGAUGAUGCCGCCGGUGGCACCAGCACCAGCACCACCAGCAACGACGGCGGCGAGCAGGGCAGCAGCCCGGCGGAGCAGACAGUGGAGCAGAAGAUGGAGCGCGCCCUGGGUGCCCUCCGCCCGGUCUUUCACGCGUGCCCCGCGGCUCCGUCACUGCAGGCGACGGCCGCCAUUGCCGAUGACCACCACGGCCACCACCACCACGAGGAGGAGGAGGAGGAAGAGGACGAGGGACAAGACGAAGCGCGCCAGCUGGACGACGGGGGUGAAUCGGCGCCGGCCGCCAAGAGGCCCCGCAUGAACGCGGCGGCGGCGGAGGAGGAGGGCGCGGAUGACGAUGGAGGCAAGAAAGGCGCACCACCGCCGCCGCCGCCGCCAGCACCACCACCUGGCACGGCAGCUGCGGUCCCGCCAGCAGACGCGUCUGACGGUGGCUGGCGAGAGGCCAAGGCCCUGGUCACCCAAGAUGGUGAGGCCCUCUUGGCGUGGACGGCCCUGGGUGCCUCCCUCCAGCGCUUCGCAGGAGGAGGAGGAGGAGCUGAGGAGGAUGAGGAGGCUACACCGGUGGACGUGUGGGAAGCGGAGGCGGAGGGGCGCGCCGAGGCCAUCAUGGCGGGGCGGGUCGUAAGGAACGACCGUUGGGAUCGGGAGGCCCUCCUCACGGCCCUGCCCGGCCGCACCUUCGUGAUCCCGCCACGCUCCGCGUUCCUCAUGUCGCUGUGGACGGAGGAGCAGGCGCAAGCCAUCCGGGCGUGCACGGCGGGGCUGCCGGCGUCGGAGCCGCUGUUGGGCGGGUGGGUCAUCGUGUCGAUCAACAAGCGGGGCCUGCUGCAGGAGCGCGUGGUGGUGCUCUCGCGCGAGGCCGUCUACCGGUGCAAGUACAAGUACAAGGAGGCGCGCCUCGCCCACUACAAGCGCAUCGCCCUCACCUCCCUCCUGGGCGCCUACAUCGGACCCUACCGAUCCGACCACGGACGCCGCCCCUGCGGCCUCUGCCUCCUCACCAACGACAAGAAGGCACAGCCUCCCCCCCUCUCCUACAACCACCCAUCCACCCAUUUCUUUUCUUUUCCUCUUACUUUUUCUUCAUCGAAGCCCUACCACUACUUCCAGGCCCUCCUUCCGGCGGGCGCCCCGCUCGAGCUCGGCCGAGAGAUCAUCGACGACAUCGUGGAGAUGAUCACCGAGGCGUGGACGGAUGCCGACGAGGCCGCCACCGACGACGACCAGGGCGCGGGCUUCUUCGUCGAGGAGACCGAGCUGGCGUUCCCCUCCUCCGGCGGCGUCACCAAGGUGCCCGUCCGCAAGGCCUACAACACACUGCGUCUGGGCCUUCGUUCCCCGAAGGACUCGUCGGCGCGGCGCGACCAGUCGGCCUCCUCUUCAUCAUCGUCGCCCUCCUUAUCGUCUGCCUCGCCUCCCUCCCGCCGGGCGCACGACGACUAG